UCGAUUACGACCACCCUCAGAGCAGAGGAGAGCAGCUUAUCGAUCGAGUUGACCCAUGGCGGCGUCGACUUCGCAGCCUUUUACAUUGACCGACCUCCCGCCGGACCUCUUAGGCCUGGUCAUCGCUCUCCUCCCGCUCCCCGCCGACCGUGCCCGCUUCCGCGCCGUCUGCCGCUCGUGGCGCUCUGCCAUGCACGACCACGUCGAUACGCCGCAGCUACCGUGGAUCGUCCACUCAGAUGGCACCUUUGUCACCCUUCCCAACUAUUACCUCCACAGAUGGUCCCCCUUCCCCGAAAACACCAAGCUCAUAGGCGCCAGCGGCAGCUGGCUCGCCCUCGUCUGCCACGCCGACGGCGACGCCAAUGGUGGUCCGCGGAGCUACAUGUUGCAUAACCCUUUCUCCAACACAACAGUGCCCCUCCCCGGGUUGGACUCCGUCAUCGGCAGGGUUCCUGAUGAGUUCAAGGUCAGAAAGCUGCUUAUGAGCUCCACCCAAGAUGAUCUUGUUGCCGUGACCACUAACAUGAGGGAUCGCCGGAUUAUAUUGUGCCGCCCUGGGAAAUCCGGCACAUGGUUGCCCAAGCGCCGAGCGUUACCAUUUGCUCGUAUUUGUGACAUUGCGUUCCUUGAGGGCAAUCUCUAUGGGGUCACCUCGGAUGAACAACUUAUCGAGUUAGAAAUUGGUCAGAGAGAAGAUGGAUGUCCAAUGGUAAGAAGUGCUAAAUAUGUUAUCAAACACUUCCUAGCUCACGACGAGGGGGACGAGCAGGAGGACAAUGAAGACGAAUCAGAAGUGUCGGGCAGUGAGGAUGAUGAAGUGGUGGAGCCGAGCGAGGCAUCGAGUCUUGGGGGUGAAGAAGCAUCGGAGUACAAAGAGACAUCGAGUCUUGGGGGUGAAGAAGCAUCGGAGUACAAAGAGACAUCGAGUCUUGGGGGUGAAGAAGCAUCGGAGUACAAAGAGACAUUGAGUGAUGAUGAUGAUGAUGAUGAUGAUGAUGAUGAUGAUAUGGAAAGCAGCGAGACAUCAAGUAUCGAGGAUGAUGAUGAUGAUGAUGAUGAUGAUGAUGAUGAUAUGGAAAGCAGCGAGACAUCAAGUAUCGAGGAUGAUGAUGAAGAUACGGAAAGCACGAGCGACAAGGAAUCCGACGAUGACAAUGAAGUAGAAAACAAUCUGGAGGACGUAGAUCUGGACGGAUAUUGCUCGAAUCCCGAUGACGUCGAGGAGAACGAAUUCAUGGAUUACAUCAUAACCGUAAGAUAUCUCCUUGAGUCAGGUGGCAAGCUACUCAUGAUAAGGCGCCGACGUUUUAUACCAAACCAUUCCACGAGGCUCGGUCGCGAGUUCAUAACCGAUAGCGAGGUCGAUGAUGAUUCUGACGUCGACAUCCUAGAGGCAGAUCUGCACAUGGGCUCGUGGGUGCAGGCUGUUACAACAUGCACGCUCUUCAUAGGUGAUGACUUCUCAAAAUCGAUUCAUGGUUGUGAGGAGGCAUCUGAAGAAUUCGGCUACUACUUCCUUGAUGAACACGACGUCACCAUCACGAGGGCCACAACCUUCCCGGAGUUCCUAGAUUGGAAAUCGGUGUGGUUUUCUCCUCCAGAUAUAGUGGUUUAAGUUCUUGCAUUGGUACAUGCCAAACUCGCUUGUGUGUAUACUAUGAUUUUUUGCGUCAUGUAUUACUCUCCUGAUUCUGUUAGACGCUUGCAGAUUUUUGAGAGAAAUGAAUUAUACUACUA